AUGGGAAACUUGGAUUGGGGUAAAGACUUCAAGUUCAUCAAGUUCGUUACCGACAGGCGAACACCAGAAAACGCCACUAAUAAUGGUUUUUUUAUUGUUUCUUUCCAGGUAUGCAACUUUCUAUACAGUAGUAUAUCAUCAAUUUUCAUUGCUCCGGGUUGCCACAGAAUCACUGACCUAAUGACUAUGGCGGAUGGUAGCUAUGACCCAAUGGGACACAUCCAGACGGGUCGGCAGCAUCCUCACUCGCAUCAUCCGGCUCACCAUCAUUAUGGUAGCAGCACAGGCGGCGGUGGUGGUGGCGGCGGAGGAGGUGUUGGCAGCUGGAAACUUGAGCAGCUACACCAGCUUCACCAACGCUACCAGCUACAUCAGCAGCAACUGCAACAACAGCAACAGCAGCACAGUCAGCAACCAUCACCUUCCAGCUUAGAGAACAACAAUAACCUUCCGGCGGCAGCCAAUCACAACCUGUUCCGCUCGGAACAGAAAAAACACAAACGGAAGCGACUGUCGGCAGUGCUGGACAAGCUUCAUCACAACGGAUCGACGGUGAAUCACAAUAACAAUAACGUAGGAGAAGGAAGCUACAAAAUCAAGCGUUCCGCGUCCCGGUCGAGCGCUGAGGACUCGACUGAAGAUGUUUUUCCGUACUCGGCUAGCCCUCGGAUUAGUGUUAGCCCACUACGUCUCAAUGAGUCUGACGAAAACAAUAUGAAUCAGGUACAAAUAAAACAAGAACCUCAACAGUAUCUGUACAAACAGCUGCAGUACAUGAAUCCGCUCGCAUUGUUCAACUACUUUCCACAGCAGACCAAACUCCUGUAUCAGGAGAUUGCACGGCAACGGAGUCACUCAGACUCCGAUUUACAACAGCUUCCGCAAAAGCUCCCGGAAACUGCUCCAGCAGCUCCACCGGAGCCACAAGAACCCCAGGAGUACCCCCUGGAUUUGUCCAUGAAGACGAAGCUGUUGCACACUUCACCUAGUCUAGAGUCUGUGAUCAAGCAGGAACCUAAGCUGACUUACACACCUCCUCCACAGCCGCUGCCAUCAAUCGUGAAAGGUGAUGUGGCGUCCAACAACACCAAAAAGUCUGCGGCAGCCUGUUAUAACCUCAAUGUGUCACCCGUGGUGGAAGAAAUGCCACCUGGCUCGGACGUCGCGUACAUGUGUCCAGUGUGCGGACAACUGUUCUCCCUUCAGGAUCGUUUGGCAAAGCAUAUGGCUUCCCGACACAAAAGCCGUUCCAGCUCCACAGACAUCACCAAAUCCUAUAUUUGCGAAGUAUGCCAACGAUCGUUCGCCCGUUCCGAUAUGUUGACGCGUCACAUGCGUCUACAUACCGGCGUCAAACCGUACUCGUGCAAAGUAUGUGGUCAAAUCUUUUCCCGCUCAGAUCAUCUGUCGACUCAUCAACGGACGCACACAGGCGAGAAACCUUACAAAUGUCCCCAGUGCCCGUAUGCGGCCUGUCGGCGGGACAUGAUUACUCGUCACAUGCGAACUCACACACGCUACGAUGCUCAACGCGGUGGAAGUUCCGGUGGAUCUCCCGUGGAAAGCCCGUCUUCGAUGGAUCAGAAGCCACUUCUGCUGCCAAUGGUGAAUUUCAACUCGGUACCCGGAAAUGUCGUCAACGCACGAGCUCUCAAAAAGGAAGCUGCCUUUGCCACCAGCCCAGGCAACUACGUUAUCGAAACAAAGACUGAAUCCUAGAUGCACUCCAACACCAGAAGUCCUUCCCUGUAACAGUAGACGAAACGUAGUGAAAGAAAAAAAAACAGAGAGUAGUUUCCAGUACUUCAGUCAACCCAUUCUGCAUUCCUGAUUUCCUACCUUUUUUUUCAUAGUUGUAGUAGUUUCUUCCAUUUGCCAAUUUCAUUUGUGUUAGUAGGUUUAGAGUUUCCAGUUUGUUGUUGAAAACGUAUUCUAAGAAAUUUGAACUAUUCCCGAAUUCAUUCCCAAAAUAGUAGUUUUGUAGGAUUAAAUCAUUUCAUCCCCAUGUUUCGAAAACAUUAAAUAUGCGAAAGUGGAGAACGAGUAAAAAUCUCAAUGGUUGUGAAUUUAAAAAUCUAGAGUAACACUUUUUAUUGAAGCUAACUGAAAAUGGUCACAAACAGAAGCACAAACUGUACUUGCGUUUCUCAUGUUUCAUGUUAAAACCAUGCCUAUUAGUACGUACUAGUCUAGCGAUUUCAACAAAGUGAUUUACCCCGUGCAACGAAGCUUUCCUAGAACGCACAUUCCCUCUAAUCGAUUCCCGUUUAUCUACCUACAGCAGUUUAUCAGACAGCAGUUCCCCAUACUUCAGUAGAACUAGUGACAUCUAUCGGUAGUUGCAAAAAGCACUAGAACACUAAACACACAACAGACAUAACUACACUGAAAUGAACGACAAAACCAAAAAGUACGCCUUGAACAGUGUGCCUUAUUGUGAGUAUGAACAACUUCACAAAACUAGAGAAAAACUAGAAUUCAUUUUUACAGUAGAGCAGGAACGAAAAAUAACAAAACACACGUGUUUUCCAAAUUUCUACCAUCCCAAAGAAUCCCUUCCACACCUCGAUACACACUGACUAACGCAAGCAACAUCAAAGAGGUGAGAAAAAGAACGCAUUGUAUAUUUGCUUCCCUUCAACUCAGAAAAAAAAAAACAAAAUGGAAGCUUUUCCCUUUCCCAUGCUUCCGGAAGAUACAUAUUAUUAUUUCUACUAACAAUGGCUACAGAUCUACAAUUUGGUGGCAAAUUCCGAGCAGACAAAAAUACAUCGCACUAGCAGCGUAGCAGAAGAAGGAGUAGGACAUUUAAUUCAUUUAAAGCUAUGGUUUAAUGAGCAUCAAAACGGAUUUUCAUGUGAUUUUUUAAUUUGGUCAACAGAUAGCCAUCUGUUUUUAGAUCUUCGAUAAGUAUUGUCGGAAUAAUGACUGCUUCCGUGUACAUUAUUUAAUAUGAAACAAAUGCCAAUAUGUAAAUCCUUCGGAACAAAUAGCCCCUUACCUACGCCCCAGUGACAAUUCAGAACUGGACAGCGAGUAGUCGCCGCAGAAGAGUAUUAACGUUAAUAACUAUGUACAAAAUGAAGAAAGCAAGGGAGACAACAGAAAAACUGCUGCAUGAACUUAAUUUGAAUUUUCAAUCAUGAAAAUUAAAUAUUAAAGCCAGCAAACAGACUUGUUGCCUCGUAGUUUUUCUACGGCCAUACUAAAGCUUUACUAUUUUUCUCAUAGUAUGUUACGUUCAAUCCCCUCCACUGUCCAUAAGUUCCUCUGGUAGAAAAAUUUCUCACUGCUACAUUUACGGUUAUGGUUGCUAUUUAAGGCACCGAACACCCCCGUCCUAGUGUAAUCAACCAAAACCUGCCAACACGAGAGGAUGUGGAUUGAAUUUAAUCACUGCGAUGCACGAUUGGCAAAUUAUCGGCAUUAAAUGUCCUUGCAAACAACCACUGUGGGCGGUGGUUGAGGUGGCAACAUUUAUCACUAAGCUUACAAUCAUCAAGAAAGUAGGUCAUUUACUAGUUACGUGCGUUUGUGUCGUGAUAAGCAGGCUUUGACUCUUUCCAUAGAACACAUAUCGAGAAAAAAACUGCAUUUUACGGAAAGAGCGUAUGUUCUUGCUCCCUAUUCUGUCUCACUUGGGGAAUGUAGGGGUAGAAUGGUCACAGCAAAACAGUAAUAGCCGCAAUCUGCAUUGCACCCGUGGUUGCAGUAUACAUUUUGAGUGUGUGUUUUAAAAUAAUAUAGUUUACAGGCGACCGUUGAGUCUGCCUAGUGGGGUUUUCCCUUCGGGUGGCAAACUGUGCGGGUGGAGGCUCUGCACGAAGGGAGCUUUUUACUGUGAAAUAUGACCCCAAGCAGUAGCUACAGCUCUCUACUAAAUGGAAGGCAAAAGUGCAUAAAGCCUGGCUUUGCUCCACCACUCUGCCAAAUGGGUGGGAAACUGUGGAUGAAAAUUCAUAAAAGCAAUACUACUGGGCUGCCUUGGCGAGCAGUUCCCACUGCACGUAUGGAAGGCUCAGAUGCCGUGCCGUUCGUCAGGGCCAAAGGUUUGGGUAAAAGUUUUUCCACCUCCCCGGGAGGUGGUCGUAAUUACUUUUGGCCCGCACUGGAUCUGGUGACCGGUGAUGUACGGCGCUUUCGGUGAAUGUAGGAUUUUUCGGAGGUCGGCCGCCGAGCUGGAGUCUGCCUACUGCAAGGCCUGUCUGCCGAUUCGAGCGACAGACAAUGUGGCGGGUGCCACUGGCCGAACCAGUCUCCGUGGGCCAACUGUACCGAACGGAAACCGGUCAAAGUGAGAGUUUUGUAUCUCAGAGCCAGAUACGUAGAAUUUCAAAUAAGAUAAAAACUUAUGUUGAUGGAAACGCAUGGUGAUUAAAAAAUGUUGAGUAUAUCAUAAUUAAUUUAGUUUGGUUAUGAGGUUCAUUAAACACUAUAGUUAAAAUCGAAUAUGUAUUCUAAAUCUUUUGAAGCGAUGUGAUGAAGAUAUCGUGUAAUCUAUUGGAUUACCAGAGUUUCUAUCACAUUUUAGAAAUCAUAAAUUUAUGUUGUUGUAAUAGAGCAAAACCUUUUGUUGUGUUUAACAACAACGUCUCCUGCAAAUAUCUAGUCCGAGUAUAACCCACCAUGUCCCAACUCACCCACAGUCACUGCUACUAAAUCAAAUCACAUCGUAAAACUUCCGUAAGAAAGCGUUAAAUCAUCUAAUGCAUCUCGCCGGCAAAACCAUUGGCUAGGGUUCAAAAACGCUUUUUGUUCCUAAGCGUUUAGCCAGAAAGAUGCGUCCCUUGUUUCCGCCUGCUCCUAGCGUCAUACCAGUAUCCUUGCUGCCUCAUCCCUCUACGAAACGAGUGUUUCCUUGAAAAUCUUUAAGUCAAACCAGCUUCUGUACCAUCCCGGAAAACGUGGCGUGUUUUUCGAUCCAUUUUAUAAGUACUUAGCUGUUCGAUUUAAUGUUCUGUUGUUUUAAAAACAAUGUGCUGAACACUACCGAACCACAUUAGCGUCAAAUAGUACUGAAACGGUAACAAACACAAAACUAAACAACACAAGCGUGUGAAACGAGAGCGAACGAAAACAAUUCUAAUUACAAAUGUGCCAAAUUUACAGUUAGAUAUGAAGAUGAAUUUAUAUUAGAACAAAACAUUGUAAAACAAUCGCAUAGAACAAACAUUGAAAAAUUGGGAAACAAACUACCACAGCGCAGCUCCAAUACUGUUAAAAUGUCUCUACUUUGAAUGUCUUGAUCAGCUUACUAUGAAUUCUUUGCAUCCUAAUGAACACAAAACGGCCCGAACAAGCAGCCGUGUCGAUGAAUGGGCUGAGUUAACUAUUCGAAUAGCAGAAAUACAAAUCAUACGCAUAAGGUUAUAUAAAAGAUCUCAUAUAUUAGAGCGACAGAAUGUAAAUGACAUUUUUUCCGCGGAUAAGAGAACUGACAGUAACCGUUAAUACGAAGCAAAGCUGAGCAACAUGGCAGAUAAAUCUGUCGGAAAAUCCUGAGGGCAUUUACUAAAUUUAGUCUUGAACAACUAGAUUAAAAUCGUAAGUUUGAGUUAGUGUGUUAUUUUAUAAACUUUAUUAGAACAUGAAAUCAGGAUAGAAAAUCACAACGAAUGUAUUUUCCUUUUUCUUUAUAUUUAAUGUGUACUAGGAUGUUCCAAUUUUAGUUUACCAUGUGGAGUAAUGGUUUGGAAAAUGGAUUUCUGAUAUGAUGUAAAUAUACAUAAGAACACUUGUGAGUGGUCGACACGCUACAAACUGAUAGAAUUCUCGAAGAUUAUGUCAAGUACCUUAAAAGAAAUAUUAAUUUUAAGUCCAAUCAAUUGAUUUUUGCGGAAAAUAAAACUCCUUUAAAAACCAUGAAAAAAACAUUUCAAAAAUGUGUUCUGUGGGGAUGCUACAAACAAAAUAAUUUCUUGGAAACGAAAAUGAAGAAGAAAAAAAUUAUUUGUUGAGGCUCGUUAAGUUUGUCAUCCUUACCUGUCAUUUGUUUUAGUCCUUCUAAUUAUUAUUUAUUAAAUCCUGUUUCGACGAACGAAUGAAAAAAAAACACUAAAACUUAUUUAUUUAAAUAGAAAAAGUCUUUGAUUUUUGCUCAUCUACUUUUAAUUGCAUAUGUUAUAGUUUGAAACAAUUUUUGUACUAUCAAUUGAACUUUGUUCAGAAGGUUCAAGUAAAGCCCUUUUCAGUUGCAAAAGAAAGUAGCGAUAAACUAUGAACACCUGUUGUAAAACGAACAAUAAAGACGUACACUUUUUAAUUUAUGACACUAGGGAACAACUUUUGUAAUUCAACUAUUUUUUAAGUUUAAUUCUACUUAUUUAUUGUUAAGUUAACUUUUGUAAAAUUAUUUUUAAUGACAAUGAAUGGAAAUUUUAAGAAGGUUUCGUUUUGUUACAGUACAAAAUUUUUUUAACUAUUUGAUUUCGACGAAUAAAAAAAUGUGUUAAGUGAAAAUUCUCAUUUCUGUUUGUGUUAUGUUUUUUAUUUUUGAUUUUCCUUGCUGACAUUCCAUUGGUUCUAUGGUUUUUUUAUGUCCGACAGUUUCUAUUUGUUUUUGCAACGCAUUCCUGGGAAGCAGUCCACUAUUCCGUGAUAUCGUUAGGAUAAUCGACAGGCGACCCCUUCCGAAAGCUAACCAGUUCUGACAUUUUUUCAUUAAGUGCCUUAUUGUAAAGUAGUUAAAGAACACUCUAGGAACGGAAACGAAACCAAGACACAUUAACGCGAAAUAGUUUAUAUUUGGGUUCCAGCAGUAAAACGCUUCCAAUGUGCCAUAGGAGAAGGAGAAGGAUCGUCUAUGAAAGUUAAACAAGUUUUAUUAACUUUAACACAUAGACUUAACAAAUGUUUCGAAUAACUCAACCGCUUUUGAAGCUAAACUAAAACCCUUAUGAAUAACUAAUAUUUUUCUAAUGCAUCGCAGGUUAUUCACAAUUUUCGAAAAGAAAAAAAAAUCAACUAAUGAAUAUUCGAACAGCAUUUAUAUGGAACAACUUACAAUACAAUUUCAAUCUACCUUUUCACACCUUUUCGCUUUAUCUCUUUACAUAGUUAAAUUACAAUGAAACAAAGUUAGUCCAAUUUUAUAAACAAUUUUAUCCUCAAUGCUAGUUUUACCAAAGCAAAUCUUCAUGAUAAAGCAAUAACAAAUAAACCUUAAUCGUCGGGUCCGCAGUGAGAUGACACAUGAAUCAGUCUUUGGCUGAAUACGAAAAAAAUAACAAGAAACUGAUGGAAACAAACAUACGUCUUAGAGGUAGACUACGUAAUAUGAAUAUUAAACGAAACUAUUUUUCCUCCAUUCUUAUACAAUCAGUAGCUCCGACUAGAGAGUGCAAAAAAUACUAUAUUGAAUACAACACUCAAAAACAUUUUCAAGCAAUCCAACUGAAUGACUAAAACUGGCAACAACAGUAACCAAACACAAAUAAAGUUCUAUGAGUUAUGUUAUAAAAUAGUAAGCCAUAUAGCGAAAAUAACACUAAUAAAU